AUGCUCAGCGGUUGCCUCCUGUUCAGCCCUAGUAGGACGACGAAGGCGACUAUUCUGCUAUUUGCCGUGUUACAGCAUGUCGCAGCUCAAAUGGCUCCGACUGCUCUGUCAAGCAGAGGUCAUACACUCCCCUACAAUAUCCUUGUCAUACUCCCGGCAAAAGAGUCCAACAACGACAAAUUCGGUUUGACCAUCGAGCGAGCACGACCUGUCAUCGACAUAGCCGUUGAGGAUGUGGUCAAAUCGGGUCGAAUGCCUCCCGGAUGGGUAAAUCUCACGUUUUGGGACGACCGAUAUUGGGAGGACACCAACUUAGCCGAGCGAUACGCCACCGUCGGUAUGGUGAAGGCAUACUGCGAACGUCGUCUUGACGCCAUCUUGGGAUUCGCGGACAGCUACGGUCUAGCAACGGUCACCAAAGUCUCAGCAGGGUUGAAUGGUGGCGUGCCGGUGCUGACCACGGCUGGAAUGCCUUCGACAUUGAAUUUGAAGAAAACUUAUCCGUUUCUAACUAGGAUGCAAGGGUCAUAUUACCAAUUGGCCGUGUCCAUGUAUCAGCUAGUGGCGUAUCAAGAUCCCGCUGAUGAAGAGCAUGUCGUACCACCCCGCAAUGCUUCCUCUAUUUGUCUGAAUUACCUGAAGAUGCUAUUUCUGUACCACGACAAGAAGCGAGCUGUGAACAAGCCAAAUCACAGUGAUAGCCGGGAAUCGGAAGUCUCAUCCUCCCACUGCUAUUUCUCACUCUACGCCAUUAAGAACUAUUUCACUGAAAAGAGUGAACUAUUCAAACGGGAAUGGCAGUUGAGUACGCCUUCUUUCCCUUUCGAUGAGGAGAUGCCCCGUACAAGAGAGACCACAAAACAGUGGUUACAACAGAUCUCCAUGGACACGAAUGGUGGGUCGAAUGUAAAGCAUUCUUAUGUUCUUUUAUGGCAUUUUUCAUUUAAUUGUUUCGCUCUUGGUUGCUGUUUUUCUGAUUGUUUUGGUGGAGGACAUUCAUAUGCAGAGUACCUUGGGUUGUAUCGUGAUAAUCGCAAAAUUUCUCCCGAUUGCUCGAUUGUUUCGUUCGCUUUGACCACCACUCUUUUCUCCUACAAGUCUCCUACGAAAAUGUUUCUUCCCACUCCGCAGCUCCAUUCCACGAUGGCGCACCGUGUCGUUUGUUUUUCGUUGGUAAUUAUUGAUUAA